AAUGCAUCCACAUGAAGUUUGUGUCAGGCAGUGAGGAGAUACACUCGGAGGGAAAAUAAAAGAGUGGCAGAUAAACUGAGCACAUUCAAGAGUCACACAGGGAAAUCUUUGAGAUAAAAGAGCCAUCUAGAGGAUGAAGUGUGUUGCUGCUGUUGUGUUGCUGAGUCUCUUGUCAUUGGGACAAUCAGCUCCUCUGAGCGACUGUGACAGUCUGGUAAAACCAAUAACUGUCAGCAAUGAAGACAUGUUGGGUAGGUGGCUGUACAUCGGGGGGAGCUCUGACCUCCCAGGAAGCCGUUCCCUGGGACACCUGCUGACUAGCGCCUGGCUGGACCUCACUGCAACCACACAGAGUAACAAACUCAAUGUCAUCCAGACUCAGAGAAUAUAUGGCGAUUGUUCAAGCUUAGCAUACAGCGUGACUUUUGAAAAUAGCACAAUGUUAAUUGAGGAACCUUUCUACCUCAAAGAAGUCUACCUGCCAACUGACUGCUCAGACUGCCUGGUUGUUCAUGAAGAAAUCAUCUCUAGCAAGCAUACUUUUACCAGUCUUCUGCUUUUUAGUAAGAGACGAAUUGUCUCACCUGAUGUUCUGGAGAUGUUGAAGAGACAAGCAAAAUGUCUGCGGAUGCCCUCGCCAAUAAUGAUCGACACAAACUAUGAAAUCUGCCCUGACAACGUCCCAACCUCAGAUGGACUCAGUGCGCUCAACUCCUUAUUAGAGGCCAAGAUGGGACAUCGAGUUGCAAGACUCCUGGAUACUUUUUUUGACAUGUUUGUGAACUGAUUUAUUAUUAGUUUUGAUUUUGUGCCACAAGUAAUUUUGUAUGAAAAAGCAUGGAUUUUUUCUGCUAUAAAUAAGUAAUUAGGAAAAUUGCAUAAAAAUCUAAGUUUGGAAUCAUUAUUGAUAUUUUGUUGUUGUUUGAUGUUGUGGUAUCAAUUCUGCCUUUUUUAUCAAUCCUGACAUUUUAUGACAUCCUGGGAAAUCCUGUGACACUCGAACAUAUGCUGUGCUUAGGUUAAAGGUUAAAAGCCAGGUAUAGUUAAAGGGCCAGGGGCUGUUUUGUCCAGACUGACCAAUUGCUCAGAAGUUGGAGUUUUUAGUGAUAAGAAACUAUAUAUAGUGUUGUUAGAACUGGGGUAGGUAGAGAGACUUAGAUCGGCACCAGAGACUCUCUCAAGAUUGGAUGUUUGACACUGUUCUCUUUUGUCAUAAAAUCUUUAAAAUAUACAA